AUGAGACCCGACGACAUCAACCCGCGCACCGGCCUGGUGGUGGCUCUGGUCAGCGUCUUCCUCGUGUUCGGCUUUAUGUUCACGGUGUCCGGGAUCAAGGGGGAGACCCUGGGGGACAUCCCGCUGCUGGCCAUCGGGCCGGCCAUCUGCUUGCCCGGCAUCGCGGCCAUCGCCCUGGCCAAGAAGACCGACGGCUGCACCAAGUGGCCGCAGGACAAGCGCUGCCCCUCGGGGGGCUGCUGCCGCAAGAAGCCCAAAGACAAGGACGCCCUGGAGCUGCUGCGGACCCCUUCCGACCUGGAGUCGGGCAAGGGCAGCUGCGAUGAGCUGGCCAAGCAAGCCUACGCCGCCCUGGACGGGAAAGCCCUGCCCGGCGGGGGAGCGAGGCAGGACUCCCGGGAGGGCAAGAACUCGCGCAGCAAAGUGGACCAGGAGGAGAUGCUGAGAUACUUGGAAGGCUGUUACCCGGAGAUGCCCGGGAACGUGUUCGUGGCCGAGGGCGGCCCUUACAGUGCCUUAGCCAAGCCGGGCUCGCCCGCCUCGGAAGGGGCGGCCGCCGGCCCAGACGCGGAGGACGACGCGUCGGUCGCCCCGAAAGACAGUGUCAUCGUCUGCUCCUACAAGGAGAACAGCCCUUACGACAGCUACUGCUGCUACAUCAACCCCAGCGAGGAAAUCUGCUCGGAUCGCGAGUCGGUCGUGUGA